AUGUCGAGUACAGGUAGAAAAUAUCCAUCCGGAAGUCAUAAAAGAAAGAAGCAGAAGAAGGCAGAUGAGGAGAAAGAAGCAUUGAGCGGAUCUCUUUUUAAUUAUUAUAAGAGCGAUACGAGCACGCCCAGUGAUCCAGACGAGUUGGCGAUAGUUCUUGCAGGUGACCGAACUGAUGGCAAUCUGGAAGAUGAUGGUCAUACUCCUACAGAAGGCGAUGUUGACGUCAACAUGGAUGAUAGCAAUCUGAGUGAUCAUGAGCCCAUAUUUAAUUCAUCUGCGGCAGAAUUUACUAGUGUUGAUGAUGAACCAAUUAGUGUGGAUAUUUAUGAUCCAAGCAAUUGGGGUAAUCUUGAUAACAAAGCGAGGGACAUAUUAGUGGAAAGGGGGCCUAAAAGGGAAGAAGAAAACACUAAAUAUCCUUUGGAUGAGAAUUUAAGACAUUUUUCAUAUAGCCAUUACUCAAGAAAGAUGAGCAAUGGAGAGGUCCGUGAUAGAAAAUGGUUAGUUUUUUCAAAACACACAAAGAAAGUGUUUUGUUUUUGCUGUAAGCUUUUCAAUUCUAAUAAAUGCAAAAGUGCAAUGGGGAAUGAUGGGUUUUGUGAUUGGAGGCAUAUUAAUGAGAGACUGAAAGAGCACGAAGCUAGUGUCGACCAUAUUACCAACAUGAACUCUUGGAAUGAAUUGAGAGUUAGACUGAGCAAGCAUGAAACAAUUGACAAAGACUUACAGCAACAAAUCACAAAGGAGAAGGAACACAUAAGGCUAGUUUUGUUAAGAAUUGUUGCCAUUGUGAAAUUUCUUGGUAAGCGCAAUUUGGCUUUUAGAGGAUCCAGUGAGCAACUUUAUGAUGAUUGUAAUGGAAAUUUUUUAGCUUGUGUGGAGAUGGUUGCAGAGUUUGAUUUGGUAAUGCAAGACCAUCUUAGGCGUAUUCAAAACAAAGAGAUCCAUCACCAUUAUCUUAGCCAUAAAAUUCAAAAAGAGUUGAUUUCUCUUAUGGCUGGUGACAUUACAAAUUCUAUUCUCAAGAUUGUCAAAGUGGCCAAAUAUUUCUCGGUUAUCCUAGAUUGUACCCCGGAUGUGAGUCAUCAAGAACAAAUGAGUUUGUUGGUUCGAUGUGUUCAUAUGUCUGAUGGAAAAAUACAAAUUAUGGAGUACUUCCUUGCUUUUUUGGUAGUGGAGGACACAUCUGGUUUGGGAAUUUUCAAGGUAUUGGUUGAUUCUAUGAAGUCCUUUGAUCUUAAUAUUGAUGAUAUUAGGGGCCAAGGUUAUGACAAUGGAUCCAACAUGAAAGGAAAAUACAAGGGGGUGCAAAGUCGGUUGCUUGAGGUAAAUCCAAGAGCUUUGUAUAUGCCAUGUGCUUGCCACAGUCUUAAUCUUACCCUUUGUGAUAUGUUGCAAUCACCAUCCAUGUGCAUUGAGACUGCCUUAAAGCAAAUAGAUGGUAUGAGGACUUAUUUUGACACUUAUAGAGAUGAAGGGUUUGAUUCUAAUGUUGAUUUAAAUGAUCUGAUUUCUGAGUUAAUUGUUAUGCAGUCAACUUUGCCCGAUAGAACAAUGUCUGCUAUGGAGAUUUUUGAGUUUGUGAGGGAAGCAGAUUGUUAUCCAAAUAUUGCUAUUGCAUACCGGAUUUUCUUUAUUAUGCCUGUUACUGUGGCAUCAGCUGAAAGAAGUUUUUCGAAGUUGAAAUUGUUGAAGAACUACUUGAGAUCUGCAAUGUCGCAAGAGAGGUUAAAUAGCUUGGCAACUUUAUGCAUCGAGAAAAUUUUGCUUGAUGAAAUUGAUAUUGAUCCUAUUGUUAGUGAUUUUGCAUCUCAGAAUGUUAGCAGAAAAUUUUGA